AUGGGUAUUUUUCAAUCAAUAGAAGAAGCAAAUAAUACUUCUGAGAGAUUGCUGAGGUCUGAGAUUAAAAAUAGUCAUGGAGAAUUUGAAAAAUUCGAUUUUGAUACAGAAGAAUACGAAAUUAACCCUAAAAGGAAGUUAAGAUUAGUCAGCAGGAUAAACCCAAAUGCUGGACAUCUAAGGAAAUCUAAGUCCUGCUUUACUGUAGAUGAGCAUGUUGACGAAACGCGUUGUCAGAAACCUGUGAUGAAGUCGCCGUUCAUGAGUAAUGUCGAUGAUGAGAUCAAGAAAAAGAGAGAGACAAUUACAAAGAUGACACUAGAAAUUGAACAUCAUGAAUUGAGCCAGAAUAUUAGAAAACCAACUGAUGAUUUGCUUCCUGAUAGCACGUAUCAGCCUUACCACAAGAAAAUGUUGAAGCAAGAAAAUAGAAUGAUUCAAUCGGACAUCGUAAAUGGUGAAAAUGAAGCAGACAGGCUUUCAUUAAUUUCAGACAGACUGGGUAUGUUGAAUUGGGAAGUAACAUUACAGAAGGUUACUAAAAUAAAUGACCCCACUGACGAGAAUGAAAUGGAGACUAAACGUUACCAAACUAAAGAGCUGAUUGAUUCAAUGUUACAUAAAUUUGAAUCUAUGAAAAAAAAAAGCCGCAAUUUAGCUAGAAGGCCAGCCUCAAGUGAUUCAUUGUUGAAAUUGGUUAGUGGCAAAGAUUGGCCCAAGAUAUAUACUCGAAUCGAUCGAACUUUUAUUCCAGAUUACGCAAGCUCCUCUGACGAAGAAGAAGAAAAAAUAACCGUUGAGGAAAUAAGGGAGAGACGCCUAAAGAAGAGAGAGCAGCAAUGCGGUGGUUCCAUUAUAGUACUGCUGAGCGAUCAUCAAUCACAAAAGGGAAUGACACGGUUUGCUAUCGUAGCUGAGCCGCUCCGAAAACCGUAUUUGAUUAAAACCUCCACUAAAGAGAGAAAUUCAUGGAAAAACAAAGUUCCCACAAAUCCAAAAAAAUUCAAGAAAGCUCCUCGAAUAUCAACGCAAAUUGCUGUGAAAAGAAGAAGGGAAGUCAUCCCGUUAACGAUGGAGGUGGAACCAGAAGUCAUUCGGGAUAUAAGGCAAGAUACACAAAAGUCUAUGAAACUGAAUGUUAAAGCGGAGGAAAUAUCUGUGACAGAGACUGUCAAAUCAAAAGAAAUGAAUGCCUUAAGGAACAAUGCUGCAUCUAUAAGUCCAACUCUUUCAGAGAAGGCACCUUUAGGUUCAAUUUCAUCUUGCACUGCAUCUCAGAUUUCACAAAGGUCUUCUGAGAAUGUGGGUGCUAUUAUUAACAAUAUCAACCCAAACUUAGCAAUAGUGCCCUCUUGUAACGAAAAGACCUUUGUAAAAACACACAAUGGAAUGAAAACUAACUCAGGUAUUAAUAUUUUGCCUGUCCGCAAGAAAAAAAAGGUUUAG